AUGCGGGAACUACUCGCUGUGGCUGUCAUUAUCACUUAUGUUAUAGCCUCAGAUGUUGGUCUCAACUUACCAUGCAAUCGAGAAAUGGACGGACUUUUGGCAGCCGAUCCAGAUGGAAAUCCGACAGCGUUUUUGUCUUGUCAAAGUAAUGGAGCUGGCUUGGCAGGUUUUUGGGAACGAAGAGUCUGUCCGGAUGGCAUGGUUUUCGACUUUAUCAAUCAGCAAUGCUUGCAAAGGAAGCAUCGAAAACAACCAUUGCUCAAUAUUGCUAUUCUGAACAAUAGCUGUGCUCACGGCGAAACAUGCAUAGGCGGUACGGUAUGCGACCUGGAACGUCUGAGGUGCCUUUGCCCUUACGGUAGCGUACCACAACUGGAAACGUUGUCGUGUCUCAAGCCAAAAACAAGCUUUAACUCUUUUGGAUCUUUUGGAAACUUCGAAAAACCGGUACCGACCCCAGGUGUUUUCCUUCCUAACCCGGGACACACGAAUCCUCCACCAUUCACAUUCAACUUCAGCCCCCUUUUCAAUAAGGAAACAAACCCAAACAUGAACUUUGGAAAUCAGAACAAUCAGAACAAGCAGAGCAGCUCGAACAGCGGAUCAGCUGGCGAGCAGAACUCGUACCCGAACAACAAUUACGGUAACAACGUACAAUGGAGUAAAAUUGGAGCCGGAAAAGAAAUUUCGAAUGCUGGAGUGUACCAACCCAAUGGAUUUGCUGAACAUCCGAAACCUGCCGGCGAACCUUAUGUUUUCCAACCGAAUAUCCAAAAUCUCUAUGCUACGACUACUCAGCCACCGCAAACGAAGAAAGUACCGCAAUUAGCUCGACCUGGUCAGUCCUGCCGCGAAAAUGAGAUAUGCAUUGGUGGUUCGAUCUGCACAUUGCCGAUAGCGCUUUGUCUAUGUCCUGGUGAACUCGAAGAAAAAGAUGGAGAAUGUGUGCUGCCACCAUCGGCUUCGAUACCAAUCGAAAAAGUGGGAAUUGGAGCUCAGUGCUCGGAAUUGGCCGAAUGCGAUAACGGAUCCACUUGCGUGAUGGGUCGAUGUGUUUGUGUUCCUCCACUGAUCCAGCACGAAGAUCGCUGUUUACUGAGACAAGAGCGCAAGGAAGUCGGACCUGGUGAGCUGUGCGACAACGGUGAAACCUGCGUACGUGGAUCGGUAUGCGAUUCCGUGAUACCAGUUUGUGUAUGCCCACCUAACACCGAUUUGUACAACGGCGACUGUGUUCCCAUCUCAUCGAUAAAGGACCUUCCACGUAGACCCAUCUAUAUCUCGCCUCCCACUCCUCAACCGUCUCAAACUCAGCCUGCUAGUCAACUUCCAGCUCAACCACAGCCAGCAUUCACUCAGUCAACCACAUUAGCUCCAGUCUAUGUACCACCUACAACCCAGCAGGCGCAACAGCCCGCACAGCCUUCUCCAUUCGGUGGUCAAUACGGGCAGAACAAUAACUUUGGAAAAUCAUUGGCACCUGCUGUCUAUACGGCUCAACCAGUUCAAGUCACCACUUAUUCACACUAUCAAUCGACUAUGCCACCACCAACUGUGAAACCAACCAGUAAACCAAAUUAUAUGAAACUCUCUCUUGGAGGAAGUAAACAAGCUGGAGUGGGAGUACCGUGCUCGCUAAAUACAGACUGUAUGAUUGGCGCAUACUGUAAUGGAAAUACCAAUCCUCCAUCGUGCCAAUGCCUUUCGACCCAUGUUAAUAUUGAAGGACGAUGCGAAAGAGUAGUUUAUCCGGGACAAGUCGGCUGUCGAAGCGAUUUGCAAUGCUCAGCAGCCUAUACAGGAACGAAAUGUGUGGAUCGAAUCUGCGUAUGUCCUGAAGGUUACAAGGAAGUCGAUCAGACCUGCGUGCCAGAAAGUGAGCCAGUUACAUCACCACCGGGCGGUGCUUGCACGGAUAAUCGCAUCUGCGUCGGAGGUUCCGUAUGUCGUGAGGGUUGGUGUAUCUGCCCCGAUCCGAAUAUGAUUGUACAAAGAGGAAUUUGCAUUCAAUCUGGACCACGACCAACUGUUCCUCCAGCCAAUGGUGGUGGCAUUAGUAUGGUGCCUAACUUCAACCAUCUCAGCACUGCUCAGGGAAGAAAGAUUCCGCCAAACUCCAGCUGCGGACCACUGGACACGUGCGUUGGUGGAGCAACAUGCAUCGACGGUCUAUGUGUGUGCCCACCCGGGAUGCAGGCAUCAGCCCAGGGCCGUUGCGAAAGGUCCCCAACUGGCUCUACCACACCCAUGGUGCUCAAACCAGGUACGCCUACAUAUGCCCGUCCAGGUCAAGCAUGUACGAAUGGAGAGACGUGCCUUGGUGGAAGUAUCUGCAAAGAAAUGAUGGUUUGCGCGUGCCCACCCGAGAAGCCAAUUUUGCUAGGAGAUACUUGUACCGCUCAGCAGUAUAAAAAAAUCGCCACGCCAGGAGAGUCCUGUGACGAAAAUACUGAGUGCACGAAAGAGAGCACGUGCCAAGGUGGACAAUGUCGUUGCCAGUAUGGAUAUAUAGCUGUGUCUGGACAGUGCGUGGCUCUACCCAUGCCGACAACUCCUACGAUGAAAAAUGUCGUUUUGGCGAAGCCCUUGGACAGUUGUGACAAUGGCGAGCAAUGCGAGGGAGGAUCAAGUUGCGACCAAGACACUGGAGUUUGCAUGUGUCCGCCAGGCUAUAUCGUCUAUGGUGUUCAAUGCCAGGCACCACCAGAGUCAACACAAGGGCAGACCUUUAUCACGCCAACUCCGCAAGCAGCGCUAGUUCAUACAAAUCCAAUUGAUUCAGCUUCUCCUGAAUGUGUGGAUGAUACGAACUGUGGCCCGAAUAAAGUCUGCGUUGUUGAGCGAUGCAAAUGCAAGCCAGGAUUUGUGGAUCAUGAUGGUGUUUGUGAGCCUCUUGAACAGAUCGAGCUCGGCGAGCGUCCGGUGCCGGUCUCGUUUGCGAAACACAAAGUGGAAACGCUUUCAUCAGAACGUCUAGUUGAUCAGGUGGAAUACGCGGAGACUACGGUAGCGCCAAUCGUUCCGUCGCCGCGGACGCCGUCGAGACAGGAGACGCAACGGCCUCGAAUUGUCGGACCGCCAAUUCGACGACCGAAGCCGAAGACGAAGUCGACCAGUAUCACCAGUCCGGGCUCGUAUAAGACAACCAGCACAGCGAGCGGAGCCUGUCCCCCCGGGAACGAGCCCACCCGCGACGAAAACGGACGAAUUAUCGUGUGCAAUGGGCUCGAGCCCAACUGUCCGCCCCGAUCCUACUGCUACAUCACCACUGGCGGCUUCGCCACCGAGGAGUACAACUGCUGCAAGUCAUGGUAGACCCGCUUGACUUCCGCUGUUCUAGCCGGUAACUCGGACAGAGCCUGUCUCUCUCACCCUUUUCUUAUGUGUCAUUUAGCGCGUGUGUGUUUGUGUGUAUUUACGACCUCCAAUCAUUUCUACAUUUCUCAACCUCACCAACUAUCGCUUAGUUUGUAAAGCGGGCAUUUCGAGCAUUGCAAACACUUCUCGACAGCGCUUCGUAGCUCUCUAAAAUCUCUUUCAGCUAAAUUUAAAAAACUUUCAACUGCGUGUAAUAAUGUACAGUUAUCGAUAAGGGGAGCUUGAUCUUCUUUGCAAGCGAUUAUAAUUUAGUUUCCGGAUCAAAUGCUCACUACUUACUGCUGACUUCGCUUUGUACGGUAAUGAUAUUUUUUGUACGCCUCAAGGCGGAGCAUGUUCAAAACACACAUUGUCUUUCAUACAAUUUUUCCAUUGUUAUGUGCUACCGAUAAAAAU